AUGUCAGAGAUGGGAAUGCAAGAGAAAUUCUCCGGGCAACCCUCCCGAAACGAUGAUCACGCUCAGCAUGCCGAUGAACCGCAGGCACAGCCCGAACAUCCGGGAACCGGAGAUACAUGCGCCCGGCAAGGUGCAGAACAGGAAAAGCCACCUCCCAACGGCGGUCUGCAAUCGUGGCUCAAUGUGGCGGCGGCCUUCUGUGUCUUUGUGAAUACCUGGGGUUUAAUUACGACAUUUGGCGCGUUCCAGGAGUAUUACCGAACUGUACUGCUGCGCAAUGAAUCCUCCUCGGCUAUCUCAUGGAUCGGUAGCAUUCAGGCCACUCUGAUCCCCAUGGUUGGAAUGGUCACUGGACCACUGGUCGAUGCGGGCUAUCUGCGCAUACUAAUCUUGUCUGGUAGUUUCCUCAUCGUAUUUGGCAUGAUGAUGACAAGUCUAGCAACGGAGUACUACCAAGUCCUACUGGCACAAGCCUUUUGCACGGGAUUAGGCGGAGGAAUCUCGUACAUCCCCGCAAUGGUAGUGUUAUCUUCCUCCUUUACCACAAAACGAGCAGUGGCGAUCGGCUGUGCAUCCAUCGGCUCCAGCGUUGGCAGCGUGAUCUUCCCAAUUAUGUUCCGUCGCCUACAACCCGCGAUCGGAUUUCCUUGGGCCGUCCGCUGCAUAGCUUUCAUCAACCUGCUCAUGUCCAUCAUAGCGUGCUCGAUCUUGUGUCGCCAUCCGGGCAAGAAAACACAAGCUCGAAGUUUAGUUGAAUGGAAGGCUCUGAAACACCCAACAUUCAUGCUCCUAUCAGUAUCGCUCACAUGCGUGAUGCUCGCCUACUACGUUCCGAUUUUCUAUGUUGCCACCUACGCACGGGUGAAAUUGAACACGGAAACGAACCUGUCGUUCUACCUAGUGUCCAUCAUCAAUGGAGCCUCGGCAUUCGGACGAACCGUCCCUUACCUCUUAGGAUCUCGGAUCAACACGAUCUUUGUCUUGAUUUCGUGCACCGCCGCAUCGGCCGUCGCCAUGUACACCUGGAUUGCGACAAGCAAUACGGCCGGAUUCAUUGUCUGGGCCUGUUACUGGGGUUUCCUCAGUGGCGUUCUGGUCACCGCACCUACCUCAAUCGUCGCGCACCCCGUUUUUACCCCAGACAAGAACUACCUUGGCACUCGGAUGGGCAUGAUGUGGGGAAUCAGUUCCUUUGGCGCGUUGGCCGGGGCACCCAUUGCGGGCGCAUUGGUCGACCUCGAACAUAAGAACUUUGUUCGGGCCCAGGUGUUCUCUGGGAGUUUGAUGGUAGGGGCUGUUCUUUUACAAGUGUGGCCGACUAUUGCUGCACUUCGGUAUGACCGUAAUAAAGAUCGGGAAGCCAAGUAG